AUGCAGCGGCGCUUGGGCGCUUUGGCUUCGGGUGCUGAGAAGCCCUCGCUGGUCGCCAGCGGCGUCAUGCUGGGUGCGGCCAAGGACGACGGCGGGCUCGCGGUUUUGCUCUUCAGCCGCGCCAAGAUCCUUCAAGGCGACCUGGGCUGCGCGCAGAACGACCUCUGGGCCGUGCGCUUGGGCCGGGAAGGCGGGCCCGAGAUCUUGCUGCGGGCCCUGUGGAAGGGGGUGACUCCGAAGGGCCGGCUGCUGUGCGCCCCGGUGAACCAGGCGGCCAGUGAGUACCUUGAGAGCCACAGGUCACGGCGCCUGUGUACGACCUCUUUGACGCUUUGCUGCGGAGCUUUCGGGGAGCUGCUGCAGGUGGGGGCGCUGAGAGCAGAUCCAAAGCGCGCAGCAGUGCUGCAGUCGACUUCUCCGGCAUCGGCCUCUCUCCCGGAGCUUCCGGAGUUGCAAGGGCUCAGCGAAGAGCAGAGAGAGGUGGCCCGUCGGGUGGCCGCCUGGUGUGACGGUGCUCAGGGCUGCGUCCCGGUGCGGGGCGUCUUCGGCUCGGGGAAGAGUCGGACGCUGGCGGCCUGCAUCGUCCUGCUGGACAGGCUGCUGUCGGAGAGGAAGGAUCCCCGGCGCAUUGUGCUGCUGUGCCAGACCAACGUGGCAGUGGAUGGUGUGCUGCUGCGCUUGCUGAACCACGGCUGGGACCGCUUCGCGCGGCUGGGCUCCUUCAAAGCCAUGGCUCCGCAGCUGCUGAGCUGCGGCGCCGGCCUGGCGAAGGAGCGCAAGGCCCUGGUGAAGGACUUUUCGGAGGCCCUGAAACACCAGGUGGGUCUGGACGAGCCAACUGCACAGGCUUUGCGCCAAAGUGUCGAGCGCGGCGAACUGCCACCCAGGCCCUCGGUGUGGCGCAAGCGGCGAGUGCUGGCCACCACCUUGGCGGCGCUGGAGGCUGCGGACCACCUAGGCGAGGCCUUGCGCUGCCCGCUGGUCCUGGUGGACGAGGCGGCGCAGCUCACGGAGCCGCAGCUCUUCGCGGCACUCAGCCGGGUUUCUGCAGAGUGUGUUCUGCUGCUGGGCGAUCCACGUCAGCUACCUCCCCGGGCCGCGCACAGCUCACUGCAGCUCAGCGCGUUGGCGCGGCUGCCGCCGCAGCUGGAGCUGACCACCCAAUUCAGGUGCCACCCAGACAUCGGCGAGCUUUGCAGUCAGCUCUUCUACGGGGGGCGGCUGAAGAGCGGCGUGAGCAAGGAGGCGCGAGGCUCAGUGCUGGGCCCGAACCACUCGGCGCUGGCGGUGGUGCUGAGCCAAGGCUUGGAGUGCCGGGUGGGCCAGUCCUUCCGACACGACGCGGAGGCGCGGCUUUGCACGGCCUGGCUUCUUCAAGCACGCGCGAGCAGCCUGCGAGCUCAGGACUUUGGGAUCAUUUGCCUCUACCGAGCCCAUGCUGAAGCUUGUGCCAGUGCGGCGCGCGCAGGCGACUUGCAGGUGGAGGCUGCUACAGUGGAUGCCUUUCAAGGCGGUGAGCGGGAAGUCAUCGCGCUGUGCUGCGGGCGCUCUUCCCCUGUAUCUGGCGACAGCUUUACUUGCUGCCCCUUCCGCCUGCUCGUAGCCUUGUGCCAGCCUUGGUCCCGGGCGCGGCGUCACGUGGUGAUCUUCGGCACUGAGAGCUUUUUGUCCAGCCAUCCGAUCUUCAGCCAGAUCCUCGCCUUUGCCGCGGCCAAGGGCGCGGUCGUGCGGCCGUAG